AUGACCCCUCCAAUUCCAGCAUCUUCCGACACUGUGGGGCUUGCCCAAAUGGAAGCUUUGCCAAAUGCAGACUACUCUGAAAAGCCCAUACCCAUUCAAGGGCGUACAGGAUAUUUGUCGCCAGUGAAAAGAAGGCCCGCCACUUGGUGCAGAGUUAGAACGUCUAGUGAGGAGCUCCCUGAGCCUGUUCUGGCACGCCCAGCUUCUGCCCGUGGACGCACAGGGAAUCAUUCUACCUUGGCAGAUUCUGAAGCACUGCGCUUGGUCCUCACUAAUCAUCCCGAACCCGCUAAGUCUUCAGUCACGGAGAAAUUUGCGCAAUUUCGUAACAACUCUUUUGUGGUCAAUGCAAACGAUACACUUGCAUCUGAACCUUCCGGCUCAUCCAAUGUCCUACGAACCGUGGAAAUUCUUGUUGAUGUCAUGUUCUUUGUGGACAUUUUCAUAAACUUUCGUACCACCUACGUGAACAAGAACGAUGAGGUGGUCUCACAUCCUCGGCGAAUCGCAACCCACUACCUCAAAGGCUGGUUCUUCAUUGAUUUGGUCGCAGCGAUACCGUUUGAUCUAAUUUUUUUCCAAUCCUCGGGAGGGGACCAACACACCACAUUGACCAGCUUGCUCAAGUCCGCUCGCCUGUUACGGUUGGUUGGAAUCGUCCGCAAGUUGGAUCGGUAUUCCGAAUAUGGUGCUUCCAUUUUGCUCCUGCUCACAGCACUGUUUGCCUUAAUCGCUCAUUGGCUCGCUUGCAUCUGGUACGCCAUCGGUAACACUGAGCAUCAGUUUCGCGAACCGAAAAUUGGUUGGCUUGAUACCUUGGCCAUCCAAACAGAGCAGUUCUACACAGAAGAUCCUCAAUCGGGACCAAAUUUGCCGACCAAAUACAUCACCGCUUUAUACUUCACCUUCUCCAGCCUCACCUCCAUCGGGUUCGGAAACGUUAGCCCGAACACAAACUCAGAAAAGGUGUUCUCUAUCAUCGUGAUGCUUGUGGGAUCUCUGAUGUAUGCAAGCAUAUUUGGCAAUGUGGGAGCUCUGAUCCAACGGUUGUACAGUGGGACUGCUCGGUACCACGCUCAAAUGCUCCGAAUUCGAGAGUUCAUCCGGUUUCAUCAGAUCCCGAGCACGUUACGCCAACGUCUGGAGGAGUACUCAACUCAAGUCUGGGAACACACCAACGGUAUUGACAUGACUAUGGUGCAGUACAGCUUUCCGGAGUCGUUACAGUCCGACAUUUGUCUCUAUGUGUAUCGCGAUAUGUUGGGCGGAUCUCCAGCGUUCAAAUACCUCAGUGACGGUUGUCUUCGCAACAUAUCCUUACGCAUUCGAGCUGUUCACAUGCCCCCGAGCGACACGCUAAUCCACACAGGCGACCUGCUCACCUCCGUGUGCUAUCUGGUUAAGGGAAAUUUGGAGGUUGUCACUACCGAUGAUCUCAUCCUUGGGGUUCUCAAUCCCGGCGACUUUUUCGGUGGCCUUCCAACACUGGUUGUCAGGCGAUCGCAGCUCGGCUCUCUUGGUUUUUGUUCGCCCAUCUAUCCUUACAAUGCGCAGUUAUUGCCUCCAGGCUCUGUCCCCUCCGUUGGCGCCAUGAGCAUGGCUCCGCCGCCCAAGUCGCGGUUCGCUGUUCGAGCUCUCACCUACGCUGAUGUGCAGAUCAUCGAUCGUCAUGAUUUGGCCGAUCUUUGUCAUGUGUAUCCCGAACUGGCGAGCCGCAUCCUGGAACGUUUUGAGCUAACGAUCCCACUUGCUUCUCCUAACACCGCUAGCAACCAACCGCGUGCCGCUUCACCGUGGUUCUCCUGCAACUCUAUUCUGGAGUCGUUCCUCAUCACCAAUUCGAGGUGGAACGCUGCGUCCUCCAACUUGCUGUCUGAUCUCGUUCCGCUUGUUCACCUACACCUUGCACACAGAGACCCCUCACACCGCGACUUCACACGGCUGAGCGAGGUGUUCAAUUGCAAUCGUCCACCAUGGGAACUGGAGCGCCUGCAACGCUUGUUCGACCACGGCGCUCUUUGUCCCGAUGCGGCGGACAACCUACUUCUCUCCGACUUGGGUCCCAGCACCCAUUCGGACAUAAAAAAUUCCCAUCCGUUGGCUAUGACCUACUCAUCCGUUCACAUGAGUAGGCCACACGUCAGCCACAAUCAUCCUUCCAAUUCAGGUACCUCACCCAAUCCACCACGGUCGCUUUCGAACAUCAACGGCACUUGUAAGUCUACAAGAGACCACAAGAUGCGUAAACUGUUCGCUACUAAUCAAUCACCGACCAUAGAACAGCCCCUGCUCUCGUCCUCAUUACGAACUUCAUUGGAAGACAACUCUCCGGAACACCAAUUGCCACUUGGCCAAUCCGAUGCGGUGAAUUCGCAAAUUAUAAGCGUUUUGUUCGAGCGGCUUAACCAAGUAGAGAAGCGCAUUCACCUGCUGGAUCAGCACAUCUCGGGCACAUUGGACACAAUUUUAUCUCAGCUUCAGCAACACACCGGGCAAUUAUCUUUCCGUCGGACUCAGUGAAUUAGUAACCCAUAUCCAUUCCAACCGAGGACGUUCUAUUCGCUCUCCACACACGGCCUUACACAUGCGUUUCAUCAUCUCACUCGCUGUGAUAGUGUCCUCAGGUGCCUCAGGGCGUCCAACUCUAGUCAUUUGCAACUGCAAUCACUUUUUUGCUGUGAUUUCUCCCCUUUACACAACGGCACUCCACUGUAAUAUGUACAUCUUAUUUGUAAUCACAAACUUACAGGACGAGCUAACAAGUAUCCAUAGCAUUUAUCUAAGCUUCUAGUCCUUCAUACAUUCGACACGUGAAUGCAACAGAUUUCUGAGUACAUCAUUCACUUGCUAUUCCAUAUCAUUUGCCGAACUCUUCUUAUACUUUCUCUUCCCAUUUUGCACCCCACCAUGCUUCACUUGUCUCCCUACAACCGAGUCUUUCGUCACACCCUCUUAUGAGGGGCACGUCACUCGCGUGCACACCAUUGUUCGGCUACUGCCCGAUAUGUGACCACCACCUACUAGUCCAAGUUUCUACGGUGCACCGCAUUUGCGAUUCCACUUUGCACUCGUCGUCGCUAUUUUUACCUUCACGAUCCCAAGAUUUAUUCUUUCUCAAUUCUAUCAUUUUCGUUGUAUUUAUUCCAUUUCGUAUGGUUUUCACUAAGCCUUUGUACCAACUACCGAGCAAUCACCUGGUCUUUGUAAACCUCAUGCAUUCUUACACCCCAUAUAUUUUGUGAGAAUAUCUCAAACACUGUUCAUGUGGCAAUAUUUGCUGCAGAAAUAUAAAUUGCUGGGUCC